ACAAAUAUCAAUUCAUAAUGAAAGCUGCUUGCAAAAUAGACGCUUGUCGUUGCUUGCAACAAAAUUAAGUUGUUAACAUCUUAUGUGAUGUAAAUCGAUGAAUUGAUAUUUUGUUAUCAAGAAUUGAAUUCAAGUUCUACAGUUGUGUGAAAUUGUAAUUGUGUCGAAUAAAAUUAAUCGGAGUGAAAAAGUGGGUAUUGUACAGACAUUUUGUAUCAAUGAAGUGUGAAGCAGUUUUACUCUUGUUUAGUUUAUUGGAAACUUUUGCACGUUAGUGCAACAAUUCUUGGAUUGACAUACCAUUCAUCAAAUUACUUUUAUGAAUUAUGGAUUGACACUCUCAUUUUGGCGGAUAUUCGCAACCGCCAAAAAAGGAGUAAAAACCGUAUUCAUUCUGUUGGGAUAUCAAAAUGAUAAAAAUAACAUUUUUGGAUAAAAAGAAAAAGAACUUUGCCAACAGGAUUCAACAAAUGUCUUAUUUUUACUGCGAAAUCAUAUCACGAUCUAACAAUAAGGGAAUGUUGUAAAUUAAGUAGAUAAAUAUUUUCAGAAAGUAGUAGUUUUUGAUGCUGCACCUAGCUUCUUUGCAUGGUGCCCAAUAUUAAUUGAUUUUUUUCUACUUCUGAGAAACUUGUUCAUCGAGUUUGAACACAUUUUUUGUAUAUUCAGAGAAUUUCUGCUUACUUUGGCAGAAAAAUUAUCAUCAAUGAAUUCGAUGAUGUAUGUAUUAUUUUUGCAAUUUUGCUUAUUAUUUUGUAAAUAUCAUGCUUUUGGCAAAGGUCAAAGUGAUUCAGAUGAUCCAGUUUUUAAUUUAGAUCAUACAGCACUCGAAAAAAAUAUAGCUGCGAUAUUUAACAAAGUAGCUCAUAGUUCAGCUACUACUAAACGUAGUGUUCCGGCGUAUGAAGCUCAAGUUUCACAAAGUACAAUUCAUUCAACGUCUCCAUCACCUUUCUCAUCAUCAUAUACGACUUCUACAGUCACACUGCCAAGAUUGCUAUCUAGAGCAACGAAUUUCCCACAACAUAGAGAAUCGCCGUCUUAUGCACCACCGUCUCGUACUUUAUUCACUCCACCUCUACCCCCAGAAUAUGCCAACCCAUUUGCCGAUAAACCGACGUUAAGAGGCACAAAUUUUGACCUUCAUUUUAACAAUAGGCGACCUGUGCCGCCACCAAGUUUAACCCCUAUACAAGAAAGGAUACCAAUAAAACCUCCAGAUUUAGUGGAAAAUACCACAAAAAACAUAAAUAAACUAGGUUUUACUAAAAAUAAAGUUAUUGAUUCAAUUUUUGCUAAAGAUUCAAUUGAAAUGUCAGAUAAGGCGAAAGAUUUGAAUGAAACUAUUGAUUUUGUACCUUCGCUACAUUUUACUAGUAUAUCUCGAAUACUAUCUGGCAGUAACGGACGUAAACAGGACAUACCUGAAAUCUUAUUAAAGCCUAUAUCUACGAAAUCACCUGUAAAUCUAAGCUCAAUUAAAUUGAGUAACGAAAAAUCAGUAUCUUUUCAAACGAUGCACCCAUCAGAAGAUGUGCAAACAUCAACUAAUUCCACCACCGAAAAGGUGUUGAGUAAAACAUCAGAAAUAGAGGGUAUUUUUUAUGAUUCCUUCAAUAAAAAUGUAAAAAAUAAAACUUUCAACAAUGAACAUGAUCUUGGAAAUGAUGAUAAUGAUAGAUUGUCACAACCACAACCUAAGCCUCCAAGCUCAUCAUCCAGAGUGCCAGAUACAAUCGAUAAUAGUUUGCAAAAUAUUGUGCCUCAAUAUGAUGUAGAUCCUUUUGAAUCAACAUGGAAAAUUACUUGGUCACUACACGUUUACGUCGCAGCAACUUCUUUUACUAUGAUUGCUUUAUACUGUGUUUACAAAAUUGUACGUUUUAACAGUUCAACAAAUUUACUUACUCAAUCAUACUUCUUAUCCAUCCAUUUACUUAUAACAAUCGUUUGUAUGUUGAGGUGUUUUUAUUUAUUUUAUGAUGCUUACAACUUGGGGAAUUCUCUUCCACGAACACUUUCUAAUGUUUUAAUGUUUUUACCAUCUUCCCUGAUUGCUGCUUCUUUUUCAACUCUUACACUGUAUGUGUCUCGGUGCUCUUCAGCUCCAUCAUUAUAUCGAAAUAAAUUCGUAUCGCCAAUGCUAUUGAUGCUGGCAUUUGUGGUUUAUAUAACUUUAUGCAUUUCUUUGUAUUUAUCUGAACAUAUUCUCGGUUAUACCGAUGAAUCAGAACUACUGCCUCUUAUCUGUCGUUGUAUAUAUAUAAUUAUUUGUAUAACUCUUGGUCUUUGUUAUAUGUACGUUUAUAGGGUAAUAAGAUCACAAUUAAGUAUUAAUUCUAUUAAAUCAAUUAAUAAUCAUGUGGCAUCUGAUUGUACUACCAGAGCCCUGAAUACGGCAGUAACAACUACUAUUGCUACCGCUCUAUUAUUUAUUUUAAUGGGUUUCGUACAAUUAUAUGGAAUUUUUGGGGUAAAACGUGUACGAUUAUAUCCGUACCCCUGGUUGUGGUGGGGUUGGCAAUUUUCAGUGCGACUUAUAGAACUAUCAAUGUGUAGUUUGAUUGCAUGGGUAGCUGGCUUAUCUCAGUAUCAAAUGCGAGAAAAGCAAAUUCAACAGCACAUUAUACAUCCAGGAUUUGCAUUAUUUCCAUGUGGAAGUUCAACAUCCACGGAAAAUAUGGAUGAUGCUUUAUAUCCAACUAUAUGUAAUUCUAAUCAGGCUAUAAAAAAUUAUUCAAUUCGAACUGGGAAACAAGUUUAUGACGACAGUUAUCCUUUAAAUACGCUGCCGGAACAUAUCAAUUCAAGUACCUUUGAAAGACGUUCCGGCAGGAAGUCUGAAAAUUCAACACAUUUGGAAGAAAUGCCAAAUCCUUUCGAGAGAAAUCGUUCAGAGACACAAAGUUUUUGUAAAAGUGAUGGGAGGGUAAGACUAAAUUUAACUCCUCACGUACACAAUGUAUCCUCUGGGUCAACGAUGUUAGUGGCAGAAGAUGGCUUCGUAAGAUUUCGUAAUCUGGGAACUGAACAAGAAUACUUGGAUUCUCGUAAUUCAGGAAAAACUCACGUACGGCGUAAUUCAUUGACAUGUUCCGAACGAUCAGAAACUAUACGCCCAGCCGCUGUUCAAAAAGUUUCUCAAAGUUUCCUAAAUUCUUUACCGCAUGUAAGUUCGAAUGUACACCGAAAUAAACACCAGCUUUAUAAUAAUACGUAAAAAUAAAAUUAUAAAUAUGAAUAUGACAUGAUAUAUAUUUAUAAUUGCAGACAUUAACAUACAUAUACACACACGUGAUAUACAUUUUGAUCAAUGUGUGUAAUUCGAGUGUAUCUGUGAAUGUGUGAGCGUCUUGUGUCUGUGCGUGUGAGUGAGUGGGUAUAUAUGAAUACAUUUAACAUAUAUACAUACGAGUAUUUGUAAUUUCAAACCCUUUAUGUAACUGUGCGAUGGUAAGCAUGUUUCACAGUUGAAUCAAUUCUUAGUAACAUGAAUUGAAACGUUAGGUUUAAUCAAUCUAAAAAUAAUCGAUAUUAUUCAACUGUGGCUCUUAUUUUUUUUUAAGGAUUUCAAAUUAUUGUGAAAGACUUAUGAGCAUGUUUAUUAUAAUGAAACGCAUUUACUUGAUUUGAUAUUCAAGCUUCAGAUAGUAAAUUUACGUAUUUGCUUUUCUUAAUUGAAAAAAAAUUGUUACGUCAACUUAUCAGGUUCAAUUUAUAAUUUUUGUAUAAACAAUAAGUACCUGUUGAAAAUGUUUGUAAAAUAAAUACUUAAUUAUCUUUAAGUGAUUGAAAUAUAAGUAUCUAUGAUCAAUUUAAAAUUAAUCUCAAUGACUUAGUUUUAACUAUUUAUCAAAUCGCUAAGUGAGUCGAUUGAUAGUUAUAUUUAUAAUUAUUAUAAAUCACCAUGCUAACUACUACGAAUUCCAGUAAAAUUUUUUCAUUUAAGUAUUCA